AUGGAACAAUAUACGGAAAAUUAUUGUUGGGUGCAAAAUACUUAUUUUCUUCCUUUGCAUGAUUAUAUUCCACAUAAUUAUGCUGAAAGAGAAAAUCGACAAAUUGGUUAUUAUCAGUGGGUGCCAUUCGUGCUUGCUCUGGAGGCACUCCUAUUUUAUGUACCUACAAUCGUUUGGAGGCUACUCAGUUGGCAGUCUGGUAUCUGGUAUUCAUACUAUAUAACAAUUGGCUGUAUUCACGUUCAAUCGCUUGUUCAAAUGGCCUGUGACUCAAGGUUACUGGAUCUCGAAUCAAGAAAUCGCGCAUUACAAACAAUAGCAACGAAUGUUGAAGAGGCACUCCAUGUGAAGCAUCAAGUUAUGAGCGGUAAUCGUCUAAAACUACUGAAUUUAAUAAUAUGCACUCGAAGCAGUGGCGCUGCCGUCACUUUUCUGUAUAUUUCUGUCAAAAUUCUUUAUACUGUGAAUAUUGUGGGACAAAUUUUUUUGCUCAACACUUUUCUCGGUAAUCGUAGUAAAUGGUAUGGUUUGCAGGUCCUCGGAAAUGUGCAUAGACAUACGGUGCAAUGUGUUUUAAUGAUUAAUAUGUUUAAUGAAAAAAUUUUUUUAUUUCUUUGGUUUUGGUAUUUUUUACUUGCCGGAGCAACUAUUUGUUCACUUUUUUAUUGGAUAUAUAUUUCGAUUGUCCCAAGCAGACAGCUGAAUUUCGUUGGUAAAUAUCUCACUGGAAUCGAAGGUUACAAAAUGGUUGAUAGCCAAUCACUGCGAAGAUUUGUCUUUCAUUUUCUGAGGCAAGAUGGUGUUUUUCUCUUGCGAAUGGUUGCUACGCAUGCUGGUGAAUUACCGUGUUAUGAACUUGCUAAAACACUUUGGAACAAAUAUUGCGACAAUAAGGAAGGCAAAAUGCAUGAUGUUUAG